AUGUCGGAGAGACUUUUCCAGAGACUCGACACCGCCAAGACACAGUACUACCACUUCAAGGCCGUCACCGUGACAGGAAUGGGGUUAUUCACUGAUGCCUACCAUAUCUUUUCUAUCACACCGAUCUUGAGACUGCUUGGACACGUAUACUACGAAUCCAACGACAACCAAAUCCCGCCUUCCGUCGAGUGCUCCAUGCUGGCUAUUGCUCUUCUUGGCACUGUGAUUGGUGAACUCGUCUUCGGCAGGCUCGGGGAUAUUGUAGGGAGGAGGCGCUUGUAUGGCCUCGCCUUGAUGUUCAUGAUGGCCGGCUCCUUCGGUUCUGGAUUCUCCAUGGGCACUUCACGAGGCUGUGUUUUGGCAAGUCUAGGGUUUUUCAGGUUCUUUCUUGGGGUAGGUAUCGGAGGAGAUUACCCGCUCUCAGCAACGAUCAUGUCGGAGUAUGCUAACAAGACGAUGCGUGGCGCCUUCAUGGCGGCUGUCUUCUCGAUGCAAGGGUUUGGGAUUUUGGCGAGCUCGGUUGUGACGAUGGCGGUGUGCAAGAUAUUUAGCCGAAUUUACCCUUCGCCACCAAGUGAUCCAACACCAAAGGAAGCCGAUAUGGCUUGGAGGUUGAUAUUGAUGCUGGGUGUUGUUCCUGCCGCGGCAACGUUUUACUGGCGGAUGAAGAUUCCUGAAACGGCAAGGUACACAGCUUUAGUGGAAAAAAAUGUCCCCCAAGCUACCUCGGACAUGGAGCGAGUCCUAGAAAUGUCCCAUCGCCAAAUCGCGGAGGGCCAUCCCUUACAGCCGAGCCUGUCGUCCUACCCUCUCUUCUCCAAGCAAUUCUUUCUCCGCCAUGGCCGCAACCUCCUUGCCUGCUCUGCUGCAUGGUUCCUCCUCGACAUCGUCUUCUAUAGCAGCAGCCUCUUCCAAUCCAAGAUCUACCACAAGUACCUGCGCGAUGAACACACUGGCAAGGCAGUCACUGCCUUUGAGGUCGCGAGUCUCCAGGCAAUUGUGGCAUGCUACUCGACAAUCCCCGGCUACAUUGCUGUCUUAUUCCUAAUUGACCGCGUCGGGCGGCUUAGCAUCCAAGCCAUCGGGUUCGUCCUCAUGGCCAUCGUUUACUUUGCCAUCGGAGUGCCAUACGACAGAUAUUGGAGGAGCCACACGAAUAAGUUGUUCAUGUUCCUGUACGGCCUGACAUUCUUCUUUGCCAACUGCGGGCCUAACACGACCACGUUCAUCUUGCCGGCAGAGCUUUUCCCUGCGCGAUUCAGGACGACAUGCCACGGGAUUGCCGGGGCUGCCGGAAAGGUCGGGGCGAUAAUUGGCGUGGUGGGGUUCUUGAUGGCCUCACAGGAUGAUGACCAAAAUGGGCACAAGAAGGCAUUGGGGGGGAGAUUUACAUUGGUCACAUUAAGUGGGAUUUGCGUGGUGGGGAUGGCGGUGACCAACUUGUUCACGAAGGAGACUAAGGGAACAUCGCUUGAGGAGAAUGAAUGA